CAACGCUUCCUAUUGGCUGCAGUUUGUUCGCUCGUUUCCCACCAAUAGAAGAAUACUAUGUUGCUAUACGCAGCAUCAAACAUGGCCGAUAGGUUAACACAGUUGCAAGAUGCAGUUAAUUCGCUUGCAGAUCAGUUUUGCAAUGCAAUUGGGGUCCUGCAGCAGUGUGCACCACCUGCAUCUUUCAGCAACAUACAGACAACAAUAAAUAAAGAUCAGCCAUCCAAUCCCACAGAAGAAUAUGCACAGCUUUUUGCUGCUUUGAUAGCUAGAACUGCAAAGGACAUUGAUGUUUUGAUUGACUCUUUGCCCAGUGAAGAGUCAACUGCUGCACUACAGGCGGCUAGUCUCCGUCAACUGGAGGAAGAGAACCAUGAAGCAGCGUUACGCCUUGAAGAGGUUGUAAAUCGGGGAGAUAUGCUGCUGGAGAAGAUACAGAGUGCUUUAGCGGACAUAGCUCAGUCCCAGCUGAGAACAAGAAGUGGAGCUCCAAGUCACCAAGUGAUUGAUUCAUGAGCACAGGGGCAGCAAGAAUGUCCCUCUCUGCAAAAGACUUAGCUUUUUAUAGAGCCUUCAGACUUUCACAAAUAAUAGCAUUAUGACUUUUUUCAAAAUGCGAAAAUGUGCUUUUUUGGAGAAAAAUUCAUAUUUAUUAUUUUUUUCUAAUAAUUGAAAUUACGAAGAAGUUAUGUUUCAUUAUAGUAUUUUUUUUUUCAAAUUAUAAAAGUUAGCUGAACUAAGGUAUGUAUGUCCGGGAAUUGCUUUUUUUUUUUAAACUUGUGGCCAUAUUUUUUAAACCUCUGCUUUGUAUGUUAAAUUGCUGUUAAUAUUUGAAAUGGUUUUAGAAUACUGUAUCGUGUUGUUAUUUUGUAUUUUUUGUUUCCUUUUUUGAGAAAUUUGAAAUAUAUAUAUUUAGCAUAAAGCA